AUGACUUUGAAUAACGUCACCAUGCGUCACAGCAGCAGUGCGCUGCACGCACAGCAGCAACGCUGGAGCAUCCCUGCCGAUGGAAGGCACCUGACCGUCCACAAACCCCCCCAUGAGUACAACGUGCGCAAGAGAUACACUAUGAACCCCGAUGAUUAUUACCGAAGGAGUUGGUCAUCAGAGUCUUCCGAUUCAGUCAUUUCCUCCGAGUCCGGAAAUACCUACUACCGGGUGGUAAUGAUUGGGGAGCAUGGAGUGGGGAAAUCUACCUUGGCCAAUAUCUUUGCAGGCGUACAUGACAGCAUGGACAGUGACUGUGAUGUGCUAGGAGAAGAUACAUAUGAACGGACCUUGAUGGUAGAUGGUGAAAGCGCAACCAUUAUACUGCUUGACAUGUGGGAAAAUAAGAGUGAAGAAGAAUGGAUCCAAGAUCACUGCAUGCAAGAAGGAGAUGCAUACUUGAUUGUCUACUCCAUCACAGACCGAGCAAGCUUUGAGAAAGCCUCUGAACUAAGAAUACAGCUCCGCAGGGCACGCCAGACAGAAGAUAUUCCCAUUAUUUUAGUGGGCAACAAAAGCGAUCUCGUCAGGUGCCGUGAAGUCUCUGUGUCAGAGGGCCGAGCUUGUGCUGUUGUGUUUGACUGUAAGUUCAUCGAGACCUCCGCAGCUGUCCAGCACAACGUGAAGGAACUGUUUGAAGGAAUUGUGCGGCAAGUCCGGCUAAGAAGGGACAGCAAGGAAAAGAACGAGAGGAGGCUGGCAUAUCAGAAGAGGAGAGAGAGCAUUCCUAAGAAAGCCAGGCGGUUCUGGGGCAAAAUAGUUGCCAAGAACAACAAGAAUAUGGCCUUCAAACUUAAGUCCAAGUCUUGCCACGACCUAUCAGUACUUUAA